GAGCGGGCCGGGCCGGGCCGGGCCGGGCCGGGCCGGGCCAUGGCGCUGCUGCUGGAACACGAGUUCAAGCCGCUGCCGGCCGACAAGCAAAUCGAGACGUUGCCCUUCCUGGAGGCCGUGGCGCACCUGCCGCCCUUCUUCGAUUGCCUGGGGACUCCCAUCGUCUACUCGCCGGUCAAAGCAGACCUGACUGGAAAUAUCAAGAAAAUCCGGGCGGUUUAUGAUUCCAACCCUGCCAAGUUCAAAACGCUGCAGAACAUCCUGGAAGUGGAGAAGGAGAUGCACGGCUCGGCCUGGCCCAAGAUGGGCGCGACGCUGGCGCUGAUGUGGUUGAAAAGGGGCCUGAAGUUCAUGCUGGUGUUGCUGCAGAGCAUCUCCGACGGCGAGCGGGACGAGGAGCAUCCGAACCUCAUCCGAGUGAACGCCAUGAAGGCUUACGAGAUCGCGCUGAAGAAAUACCACGGCUGGAUGCUGCAGAAGCUCUUCACGGGCUCGGUCUACGCUCUUCCGUACAAAUCGGAUUUGCUGAAGGCGUUAGAGAAGGGUAAAGAAGUCAAAGAGGAGGAAAGCAUAGAAAAAAUUCAUCAGUUUCUCUCGAGGGUCACUCCCAUCCUGGAUGCAAUUUAUGAGAUGUACACAAAGAUGAACGCCGAGCUGAGCUACAAAGCCUAAGGCUCGCUUAGGCAGGGCUUAAAUAAGGUGUGACGGGUGCUACCUGUGUCUUAAUCACUGAGACGGCUGGGGCUGCUCCCGGCUGUCAGGCGACUUAGAUUCUCAUCUGGAUCUGCAGUGGAUAACCUGUUUUCUAAAAGAAAAAAAAAAAAUUUAAUUUUCUAUUGAGAACACAGCAAUAAAACAAUUAUACGCCGUGUCAUCGUAGGAUUUCCCAAGCUUUUGUACUAAAGAGGAAAAACAAGUAUUUCUAGUCCUAACCGCCGGGUUUAUCUCUGCCACGGUACGGGGAAUGAAGCGUGGCUGACGGCAGCGCCCCGCCGAUGCUGCCUUGGCUCUGCCCUGACUCUCAGACUGCACCGCUGCACCCUCGGCUGCGCCGUGCCCGGUACCCACCGCCUGCCGACGGGCGCCCGAUGCCGCUCGCCCCACCGAUUGCCACCCGGGUGAGAAACUUCUCGAAUGAUGCCGGCGGCGCCCAUGGCGGAGGAGCCGAUGACUUUCCCGGGUGAUCCCAACUCCUCCGGUGCCUGCAUGGGAGCGAGUCCCCUCGGCGGGGACGGCCACGCCGGCUGAAGCCGGAGGACUGUCCCGAGUCCCGGUGUUUGUGGAAGCACGCGUUGCCUUAUUAACCCACCGCCUUACGACGCUGCCGAGCCCCGCGCCGCCGGGGCAGGGAAGCAAAAUUUAAUAAAAACUCACGGUAACCUCGGCCUGG